AUGCCAAACUCGGGCAAUUGCAGCAAUACUCCAAAUCGAUUAGCGCGAGCAAUGGAUGAAGAUGAGCAGAUAAUCCACACUUCUGAGAGUGGAACUCUAAGCAGCCAUGAAGUGCCAUCUACACAUACCGCCCGCUACCCUCUUCAGCAGGCUCCCAUAUCAUCUCCUGAUAAUGAGCUACCCUUCUCUGGAAAUUACCGCAAACGUGCAGCUAGUAGAUCAAGUUCGGAGAGAUCAGGUCCGCUUUUUAGCACCAAUGAGCCUAGCGCUUCGACUCAAAUCAAGUCACCAAAACGACAGCGGAGAGGCUCAAUUCCAAGCGCUCCCUCCAACCAACCCUCGGCCAGUCCUUCCUUCGAAUUUUCUUUCAAUUCUAGCCGAGCAGCUAAAGUUACGCGGUUUAUGGAUGAUGACCGUCACUACUAUCAUCCAAAAUAUUCACCUUGCAUUCCAGUUACCGAGAGGGCAUCGUGGCCGCUUAUCGCGUCUGCAGCAGAUAUUUUCCAAGAUCGCAUCGAAGCUGUGGAUAUAGCUUUUGGUGCACCCGGCGGUAGUGUCGAUUCUGGAGUCGGUCUCAAUGAAUACAAUACUGAAGUUCCUUUGUCGGCGAGGCCCAGUGGUAUCCUCGACCUUGCAUACAUUGGUGAAUGGAGCUACCCCGAGCGCUCUGAUUCUUUAGCCUCGACGCAUCCAACUUCAUUUAUACCCUGA